AUGGCAUUAGGUCAAUCUAUCAUGAGCAAUAUCUUUGGUGGUUUAUCAAAUGAUUUUAAAAAAAAGAAUUUUUCGUUAUAUGGUCAGUGGAUCAGUAUUAUUACAAUCUUUCUUUGUAUAGCAUUGGGAAUUGCAAAUAUUUUUCAUUUUAAUUUAGUUAUUAUAUUUUCAAUAAUAUGUCUAGUACAAGGUUUAAUUGUUUUAUUUGUUGAAAUACCAUUUUUAUUAAGGAUUUGUCCAUUAACUGAUACUUUUACAAAUUUUAUACGUAGAUUUGAUGGUAAUUUACCUAGAUGUGGUUUUUAUUUAUUAAAUGCAGUUAUUCAAUGGUUAUCAUUAACUUUAGAAGCUACUAGCUUAAUUGUUGUAGCUGUAUUUUUCACUUUAAGUAGUGCUUGUUAUGGAUUAGCUCAAUUGAAAAAUCAAGAAUAUUUAAAACUGAGUAUUGAUGUUACUGGAACUGGUGGUAAUGGUCAAUUGGAAGCACAAGUUGGUGAACAUGUAGUUAGAAAUGUUUUAUAA